AUGAGUUAAAUACCAUAAUAAGAUGAAGAAGGCUAAAAGUUAUUAGGUAAUGAGAAUGCACACGAAUAAUAUCCAUAAAUUCAAAGAUUUUCAUCAAGUUCAAAUUGGGCUGGAUAUGAUAAUCCAAUACAAAAACCAGAUUAAUCAGGUCCAUCUAAAUUCGAUGCUAUAGUAAUUUUGAUUCUAUUAUUAAUGAUUGGAUUAUCUGGAUUUGGAUUGUUAAAACAUUACAAUGGUAAUGAAUGAUGGUUCUAUGCAUUAGUUGUGAUACCUGAUAAACCAAUAGAAAAUGAUGUACGUGUUACUCCAUAAUUAGUUCAUCCAAAAGAAUCAGUAGUUUAAGAUGUUUUUAAUAAAAUAAGUGAAGGACUUUAAAAUUUAGGUUAAGAAAAGGUUGAAAAGUAAAUACCAAAAGAAGAUGAAUAAACUUUAGAUGAAGUAUUAGAUAAUUAUUUAUCUAAAAUUGAAUAAUAUACUGAUAUACGUACAGAUUGGAUAGAUGAUGAUGAUAUCUAAAUUAAUAAUAACAAUAAUGAUACAAUAAAUAGAUAAGCAUAAAUUGAAUAAUAAUUGGAAUAAUAAUUAAAUAUUGUUGAUGAUUUAGAAGAAUUAAUUAUAUCAUAAGAAGCAGAAAUAUAAAUAAUUAAACCAGUCUUUUCAAAGAAUAUUUAUACAUAUAAAGAAUUAUAAAAUGGAUUAAAGAUUUUAUAUAUCUAAUCUACAACUGAAGGAAUUAAUUUUGUAGUAUCCUUAAAUGUUGGUAGAAUGAAUGAUCCUGAAGAAUAUCCAGGAUUGACUGAAUUAAUGUUUAGAUCUCUAUAAACUAAUUUUUAAAUUGAUGUUCAUGAAUAAUAUACUUUUUUAAGAAUCUAAUUAAACCUAUUAGAAGAAUUAAAUGCAAAAUUAAAAGAAUUAUUUAUUAUAUUUACUUAACCAAUGUUUAUUGAUAUUGUUAAAAAUGCUAAAGAAAUCUAUGAUUCAAUGAUGAAUGAAUCUAAAUCUGCUCAUUUUUAAUAUGUAUCUCAAUUUUUAAAUUCAUUAACAAAUUUAAAAGAAUUAUCAAUUUUAUCUGUUGAAUAAGAUUAAAUAUAAUAAUUUUAUAAUUAACAUAUCUCUUCAGAUUCUAUUACUUUUGUAUUUAAAAGUCAAGAAGAAUAUGAAAAUAUUUAAUCAAGAUUAUUAUAAUCUGAUUUAAUGAAAUUGAAAAAUUUACAUAAAUAUCAUGAUCCAAUAUAUGAAAAUAACUAUCCAUAAGGUAGAUAAAUUCUUAAAUUUAAAAGUGAUACAGAUCUAUUAUAAAUAUUAUCAAUAAAUGAUGAAUUGAGUUGUUAAAGAUUUUUAUCAUAUUUAUUACCAAAACCAUUUAUUGGUUCAAUCUAAGAUAAUUAAUUAUCUAUCACAUUAGAUAUAGAUAUUAAUAAUGCUUUAAAUACUAUUAAUAAAUUUAUAUCAUUUCUUAACUUCUUAUAAUAAGCAGAUGAAACUUAAUUAACAUAUUUAUAUUCCUAAAUGUUGGCUACUGAAGAAUUAUUGUUUAAUACAAAAUAUUAAGAUGAUUUAACCUAAAUUAGUUAAAAUCUAUUCAAAGAUCCAAUAUAUGGAUUAAAAGGAGAAGAAAGUUUUCCUAUUUUUGAUAAAGAUGAAUUUGAUUAAUAUUUAACUAAUUUAUAGAAUAAUUUUAUCAUUUUGAUAGGUAGUGAUAACUUUUAAUAUGAUCCAAAUCAUAAAUCAAUAAAUGAUGAUUCUAUAUUUAUUGUAGAUGCUGUAUUAAAUAAACUUCAUUAAGAAUUUUAAUAUGAUUUAAAACCUGUAACAAAAUAAUUUGAUGAAACUAAUUAAUAUUAAUUUUAAUUACCUCCAUUAAGUACAUUUUUACCUGAGAAUUUGGCAUUAGUGUCUGUUUGUCAAGAACCAAUAUAAUACAAUACAUAAGAAUAAAGUUAAACAUAAUUAGAUGAUAUAAUUAAUUCUGUAAAAGAUGGGAAAUAUGAUGGAUCAUAAAUAAUUAAAUUUGAAACUAUUGAAUUUAAAUGUGAAUUUCCUAUGCCUAAUUUAACAAAUAAUUGUAUUGAAUAAGAAAAAGCUGCAUAAAUGUCUUUAGUACCAUUCUAAAUAUAAAGUAAUGUAUGGUGGAAACCAAGUAGAUUAGGUGCUAUGGUGUUUACUGGAUUAUUUAUAGAAAAACCAGAAUCUUCUUUAGUAGAAGGGAAAACUAUGUUAAAAUUAUUGUAAAAAUUUUACACUGAAUUAUCAAAAAAGUAAUUUUAAUAAGAAAUUCUAUUUGGUUAUGAAUUAACUUUUAAGGAAACUAUAAAUGGACUUAAUAUAUAAAUGUUAAGUUAUUCUGAGAAAUAAUCAGAAUUUUAAGAUAAAGUAUUUGAUUUAAUGAGUACAGAUGAUGAACAAUUAUUUAUUUAUGUCAAAGAUUUGUUAAACUAAGAUAUUAAAAGAUUUCAUGAUCAAAAAUUAUCAUUAUUAAGUUAAUAAUAUUAUUUGCCAAAGAUUUUACUUAGACCUGUUAGUUCUCCUUAAGAAAUAAUAGAUCAAUUAAUUAAAAUAGAUUAUCAAAAAUUUUAAAUGUUUUAAGCAGAAUUAUUAGCUAGUAAAAUUUAAAUACUCAAUUUGGGAAAUAUAUUACCUAGUGAUAGUGUAUUUGAAGAUUCUUAAGAAAUGUACAUUACUAGAACAUUAAAUUUAAAAGGAUAAAAUCUAAAAUAUAAAGUUAAAAGGGAAUCAAAUAUAGAUAAUAUGUCUUCUGUCUUAAAUUAUUAUUAAACUGGUUUGAAGAAUUUAGAAAAUACUGCUAAAUUAUAUUUUUAUGCUGAUUUCUUAUAAGUAUAUGCAAAUAAUUAUUUUCCUAUGGCAUAAUAAGUUAUGAUUAAAAGAAAGCCAUUAGGAUGUGCUGAUGGUCUUUAAAUAUAUUUAUAGGGAGUAAAUCCUUAAAAAGGAAAAGAAUAAAUAGAUCAAUUUUUAAAAUAGGCUAACAUUUAUUUAAAUACAUUAUUAGAUGAAGAAAUCUUAGAUUAAAAAUCUUAAACAAUAAAUAAAUUAUCAAAUGAAAUUAAAUUUAAAACUCUUUAAGAAGAAGGAUAAUUUAUUUGGGAUAAAAUAGUAAAUAAAAAUUAUGCUUUUACAGAAAUCUAAGAUGUAAUAAGAUAUUUAGAUGAAGCCUUUCCUUAAAAAUUAAAAGAGUGUCAAAAUUUAACAAUGUAAGGUUCAAUUAGUGUUUAAGUUUAUGGAACAUAAGAAUAAAUAGAUGGUGAUGAUGGAAUUCAAUAAGUAGAAGAAUUGAUUGGCUAGGAUGUAUAUGAAUGUUUCUUUUAAUUAUGA